UCACCAUCUUGCGCCGCUACGCGGCGCUAUACGAUCUUUGGUCAGCAAUCGGGAGUUAGUCGCUGUACUAAACCAUGGAGCACUACCUCCAUGCAUGGAGGAAGGAAACCACGAGUAAAUAAAUGGCUGAAAUCGAAACCAAAAUUUCAAAGAUUUUUAUGAACUGGAAAUCGCCCAAAGUAAUACAUUGAUGGGGCGGCAACCAAGCAUACAUGUACCUUGGAAAAAGUGUGGAUUGAAGUUCUUGUGGUACCUCAAGAAGCUGAACAUACGGCAGACUGUUGGAAAGAAUGGCUCACAGAGAAUUCAUGAAAGGCCUGACAUUUAUGACGCUUAAAAAUGUUACUGGUGUUGGCAGUCGUGAAAAUGAUAUUUUGUUUUCAACAGUUGUCAAUGGCAGCAAUUGCAAGCAUCAGCGUGAAACUGCCCAAGGACAUGUAGUAUUCUUUCCUGGUGAUACACAGAAUUUCCACGAAGUAAUGAUGAACCACUUAACAAACAAAAAAUGGGCAUCAUGGAGCUACGAAAACACAUCUGCCCUCCUACACCAGCGAUUUUUUAAUUCAUAUGUAUGGUUAAUCAAACCCAGCCGCAUCCAUGAGAACACAUUCAGCUGCUAUGACAAUUUUCUCCAAAGCACUACGUUUGGUGCACCAGCGAGUUUUGAGAACUUUGAGAGCUUAUUGCAUCUUCGUCACAUUCUUCUCUCUGCCAUCAGCUUAGUAAACACACGGCAAGGAAAUGCAAUGAGCGUGCAACCCCUUUCUAAAGAUACUCCUCUUUCCAUCAUAGGAUUUAGUAAAGGUUGUGUUGUUCUCAAUCAGUUCUUAUAUGAACUUGAGUCAGCGAAAAAAAAUCCUGAGUUAUCUGACUUCUUGAAACUGACCAGUGCCUUCUAUUGGCUGGAUGCUGGGCACAGCUUGACUUCCAGAAUCUGGAUAACAGAUGAGAAAUUACUGCAACAGCUAACAGAUUCAUCAAUAAGAGUAAGAGUUCAUGUUUCGCCACGGCAGGUGAGGGAUCCAGGAAGACCGUACAUAGGAGAGGAAGAAAGAGUGUUUGUGGAGGUGCUAAAGCGUCAAGGUGCAGAUAUUCAAGAAACCCUUCAUUUCACUGAUCAAGAACGCUCUAUGGAGCAGCACUUUCGCAUUCUAGAGCAGUUUUAGCUUUGUUGUUUAGUACACUUUCAUUUAAUAGCCUGUGCAGUGAUGAUGCACCAUCUAAAGCGAAAAUUUCUACGUUCUUAAACAUUGACUACAUUUAGCAUGUAUUUUUGGAAAUGGAGAUCUAUGGGUUACCGUUUUUUUAGUAAGCUUUUCCAUUUCCUGGCAUUAGCUGCAUGCUUUGUUUUGUUUUCAGUGUUGGUUUCUCUGUGGUGUUGUUUUAUUUGUUGAAUAAUGCUGAAUAAAUAAUAAUAAUGACUUUUUAUUGAUAAAAAUCAUCAUUUUCUCCACAAAUGUUGCUUCCUCAUUCAUAGUCUCAAAAGUGAUCUUUCUUUAGCCUGAAUACAACAAUGCCAGUUGCAUUUGGUCAUGCCAACAAAGGCAAUCACUCAAGAAAUUAAAGGUCCUUACUAAGAAUCAAAAUUUCAAAGACAUUUCAAAUGUAACAGGUACUGUAAUGGAAGGCAUUUGCUGAAAUGAUUGAUAAUGAGAAUACAGGUUAUUAAGAAAAUUGAUAUAUUCACAUGUGUAAGAGAAACUGGUUGCAGGACAUGUAGCUGUAGUUUUGACAUUUCUCAGUAUGCUGACGUAAAAACAAUUUCUUUCAGCACAGGGUUUAGAGGUGCACAGACCGACCAGGUUGGCAUCCUCAGUUAAUGACCCCAGUGGAUUAAACGAAGACAUUCUGGGUUUGGUAGUGGAGGCAAUAUCCAUAUCAGUGAUGGAGCAAAAGCUUUUAUCAUCAUGGCCAAGGCUAAGGCCUUCAAGCGCCAACACCAAGGCCCUACAGAAUAAAUUACUAAUAUAAAAUGUCUCAUUAUAACGAAUCAACUUAAUUAUCGCUGGAUUGGCAGCCAUUUCAAGCCAAUGUAUUUAUGUAUUUUAUUUAUUCCAUUUCUUUACCCAGGGUAUGUCCAUAAAGUUACAAACUGGUUUCCAUUGGGGCCCUGUAUUCAUUACAAAUUGCACUGGCUUCUGUUUAGUGUAGCUUAGAUGCGGUAACUUAAGUUUCACCAGUGUCAACCACAGAACAAAAGGAGAAUCACAACUAAAGGUCAGCACAUUCAAUCCUACGAUGAUAGUUCAUUCCACGGUGAAAUGUAAGAGGAAAGUACAAACCAAACUAAAUUCCUUAUACGGCUCAAAUGUUUGGGAAGGGCUGAAGUACAAACUCCAACUAUUAAUGGAAAAGUCAAUUCUGUAAACAUGAUCACUUAAUGUAAGUAAGUAAAGCUUUUUUUCCACGCACAUCCUUAAAUAAAGGGAUCGAUCCACAGUAAAGGCAGGUGGAGUUCAAUGCGCAGAAAAUGAAUGCAUAGAUUGCUCAUUCCUCUCCAAGUAGCACUACUUUGUUUUAAAUCUACAAAUAAAUCUUUAAAAAGUUACUGAUUACAACAAAGAAUAAAAUUGAACUUCGGGAUGCCCACUACGGGUUGCAAUGUUCAUGUAACCAUCUUCCUGUCUUACGAUCACAACUGAGCUAAAAGUCGAAUCAUAUCUUAUCUUUGUCUCAUGGUAAAAUACUUGGAGGUCAUGUAAGAAAUAUAUCAAGCAGUAACAAAAUAGAGCAUGACUUUCAUGCCUGUGGUUCUAGGGUGGAUGACAAUGAGUGUACAGUCUACAGACUUGAUGCUAUUGGCCGGAAUAAGAGAUUAACUGCAAAAUUUGUCAGAAAUCUGGCGAGAAAAUUCAUAAAAAAUGGCUGCCUUCACGUGCUUCAGGUUGCACUACAC